GGAGCGCGUGUUGUGUUGGGAGGCGGAGCUACUCGAACAGCUGGAUGUUAGUGUUCAGUCCACACGGCGGGACACGAGACAGCGCUUGUAGUCCGAAAGGAGCGAGGCACCACAAUUCUUCUGAAAGAGCACAGAGGAACACAGAGAGCCACGGAGGAUUACACAGCCGCGGUCAUUUGGACGCUUGAGGAGUAAUGAUAAACCUGUAGCGGUUACUGGUGAACGUUUCUGAACAGUCUGCGCUCUGUCUGAGGCUUUAACAAAAGGUGGGAGACACGUCUGCUGUCCCCUAUCACAGGGGGGAAGAUAUGAUAUUUGAGAUAACCCUAUUUGGGGUCAUGCAACAAGUAUAAAUGCACAUUGAUGAGCAGAGGGAGACAGGCUGGCGAAGGCGAAAGAAGUGUAUUUUUUGAGGGGAGCAGUAGAGGAUCGUGUGCCGGAGAUGUCUCUGUGGAUGAUCUUACCCGUCAGCCUCCCAGCUCUGACCAUCACUGGAAUAUGGGUUGUGUAUGCCAUGGCCUUGUAUAACCAGCAUGUUUGUCCUGUGGACAACUGGAUGUAUAACCAGUCAUGUGAGGUGGAUCUGCCAAUGCAGAGGGGACCAACAUUAUGCUGUACUCUGGAAAAUGUUCCUCUUAUAAGUAAAUGUGGCACACUUCCUCCAGAAAGCUGCUUCUUCAGUCUCAUCUGUAGCACUGGAUCCUUUAUGGUGAUGGUGAUUGUGUUACUACGCUAUGCCCAUGUGAUAGAGAAGCACCAGAACUGUGUGUUAAAUACAGCAAGUCUUUCCACUGGAUGGAUCUGUGCUGCAGGACUCAUCAUGGUCGGCAACUUCCAGGUGGAUAACGCCAAGGUUCUUCACUAUGUUGGAGCAGGGGUGGCCUUCCCUACCAGUAUGCUGUUUGUGUGUCUGCAGUCUGCGCUGACCUACCGCCUGGCGAAGACUCAGGGAGAAUAUAAUAUGGGUCAUUUGCGCCUUUUUAUGACCCUGCUGGCCUUUGUAGCCCUGGUGCUUAGCGGGGUGUUUUUUGUCCAGGAAAGUUUUGUCCUGCAACAUGCAUCAGCCAUUUUCGAAUGGGUCUUCUGUGUGAUUAUUAUGCUGUUCUACGGGACAUUCGCUUUUGAAUUCGCUGGGAUAUCUAGUGACACGAUGAUGGUGCUGGCCCGAGGGCAAUCGCUACAGUCUGCAAGCCGAGACCACAAAAUGGAGUCUCUUGGUGGAUCCAGUCAGCACCAGCCUGAGAGCCUUUCUAUACUGUAGCUUUAGUGUCUCUCUCAAUGCCAGAAAUAAAAAAAAAAAAACACUACAACUGCAGAGGGAAAGGAACAAAAACCGGACCUGGCUCUCAAACAACCUGGCUUAAUUUUGCCAAAGAAUCCAGCUCAGAUUUUGCACAUUUUUGAGAGACUUCUUCACUCUCUGGGGACCUUUUGAAUCCAACAGCUUCCAUGCUGGGAAAAACAAAGUUCAUUGCCUGGAUGUGUUGGAGUUUCCAUUAGAUCUAGAACUUGGAUAAAAGAACUGCUAGUUGGCUAAACUAUCUGCAUCCAUUGAUGAAAGCAGAGGAACGCUACAUCAAUAACGCAGCAAACCGAACUAAACCGAGAAAGCAUUUUAACAUGGUGCCUCAAAACAAAAGUUAUUGUGCCAAUACCAGACUUUGCAAGACGAUGAAUCCAAAAAUGCUGAUGUUCUCUGUGCCUUUAGUUGUUUUCAAAGGCAGAGAUGUUUAAAUCAUAUAUUUUAUUCUAGCAUAUCUCUGCUGUCUGUUAACUGAUCAAGGUGUUUCGUUUUGCCUUAAUCGCCAUAUGCUGUCCGAAACGUCUUGUUCGGGAGAUUGUCGUUACCAGCGUGCCUUAUACUGAAAACCAAAUACAGAUAUUUAAUAGAGCUGUAUGUCGAUAGCCAUACUUAGCAUCUGAAAACUGCCUUGUAUAUGAGGCAUGUAUUUUUUCAAAUGUUUAUGCUGACAGCUAUAAACAGCUAAGCUGAACGAGAUCAGCAAAAACCUUUUGAAAAACAGGCGCAUAAGCUUAUCAAAUUAAGUCGCCAGUAAUUGGUGCCAUUCUAGAAGUCAUGUUAGAAGCAAUGAGUAUUGCUAUACAUUGUGACCAAAUGUAAUUGAAGUCUGUGUGUUCAUAAGGUUCCCUUUCUCUGUCACUGUGGAAUCGUCAUGUGUUGAUUAAGGUUUUGUGGGAGAUGGUUACAAGGAAACGUCUAGUAAUGAAAGACAGUGUUUUCUCAGAAGCUGCCCUUUAAUGGCUAGUUGUUUUUGGAGACAAAAUGACAUGCAGCAGGACUGCAAGAUCAUAAUUGUUUUUGUUUUGGAAAAAAAAAAAACACAGAUGAAGCUUGGUUUACAUUGGUCAAAUGUUUUCAUACUACCAGCAUGAACAAAAAAAAAAAAAAAUUGUUCCUUAAUCAUUAUCACGGGAGUUGAAUUGUCAUUUCAUUUGUCAGGAUAAGAGCCAUAUUUAUGCUCAAUGCCAUCUGAUGCUACCAGUGUCGUCCUGAAAACGUCUUUUGUGUCAUUUCAGUUUACUAAUUCUCUACGCUCAGGAAUUUCAGAUCUGUCUCUUGUCACAUAUUUUCAUUCUGUGUUCAAGACUGCGUUGAUCAACCCGAUAUGAGUAAAAGUUUUACCGUUUCAGUUACUUGUUUAGUGCUUUUUCUUUCAUGUAGCCAGUGAUCUUUAUUUUGCUUCAAUUCCAUUAUCUUGUAAAGGGGACUGGUUUAACCCAAUCAUUUGGUUUAAUUUAUUUAAACCAUUACCUCAGAAAUAUCUCUGAUAUUGCUUAAAGAAAUAGUUCCAAAAAUGAAAAUCCACUAUAGACUCAUGCACUUAUUUUCCCUGCAGUCAAAAGAAGAAAUUUGAAGACUCAUUAUGCAGCUCUAUUCUACACAUAUAGCUCAUUUGGUGUAUUUUAAGUCUUCUGAAGCCAUACAAGUUGAUGUGUGUAAAGAACAGGUGAAUUUUAAGUUAUUUCACUGUUAAUCUUCCCUAUUUGCUAAAGCUAUGAAAUCUCAUUUGCGUCAGCAUUCAAAAUCAAAAAUCCCAUGAUCAUGCAUCAUUCCAUCAGAGCCAUUAAAGGGGUCAUAUAAUGCCACUUUUACAAGUACAUGUAAAAUAAGUCUCUAAUGUCCCCAGAGUGUGUAUGUGAAGUUUUAGCUCAAAAUACCCUACAGAUAAUUUGUUAUAGCAUGUUAAAUUUGUCACUUUUUGAGGGUGAGCAAAAACGCUUUGUUUUUGUGUGUCCCUUUAAAUGCAAAUGAGCUGCUGCUCUCAAGAAGAAGGCGGAGUUUCAGGAGCUCACAUUAGCAGCUCCGAUUAAAGUUACCUCACGCAGACUCACUGAAAAUGUCAGAAACUGUUCAGCCUUUUAUGUUCAAAUCGGAGUUGGGCAAUGAUAGAGAGACUCAAGAAGAAGUGACAACAUGUAAAAUGCAACAGGACAAUUCUGAACGGUUAGUUGAUGAAUUUAUGUAGCUGAUGUGGAGUUAAGUAUCUUAAUCAUUGAUUCUGUCAUGAUAAUCUAUAAAUCGCUUGUGUGGGAACUGUUAAGAUGCCUACAGACCCAGAGAAUAUAUGCUGCAUGAAGAUAGAACAGGUAUAGUUUAAUUACUCUUAUAUGUUGUCAUCUUGCUUUUGUUGCAUUUUAUUGCAUUUGUGUUACGUACUGUAUUUCAAUAUCAUGGCCUCACCCACAUUGUCGCGUGUUCUUGGGGGCAGGGUUUAUGUAAAUUUUAGGGUUAGUGUUGUCACUAACCUGGGAAGAAGCUCAUUGUAGUCCCUACCAGCCAUUUGUUGUAGUCCUUAAACAGAAUUCUUUAAAAGAAAAUAUCUCCCUUUGCAUUGAACUUUGAGCAUUGUAACUUUGCAGUUGUUGUUUAUGCUCAAACAGCAACAGUGAAAUCAUAAUCAACCACCCCUUUAAAUGAGAAUUGAGUGAUGCAGAAUAAGGGAAGAUUUUCUGUGAAUAAUUAUUUCAAUUUCAUGUUGUUCCUCACAUAUCAUAAGGCUUCACAAGACUUGGAAUGUGGCAUACAAGUUUUGGAGCUUAACAGACAUGAACUGAUUUUUUUGUUAAUGUUUUCCACAGGAAAAAUUCCAUUAAAAAGGUUCAAAAAGAUACUUUUCUGUGUUGCCUUUUGCCUAGACUCGUGUUCCUCCAUGUUUUAUUUAUUAGUUUGCUUAAACCUGCAAACCUGCUGUCUACAUUCAACAAGACGAUGCCACAUAUCAGCAUUUAAUGACAAAAAACCCUUACAGUAUGUGCCUUUGUUUCAACCAAAGAUUGGUUCACUCAUUGGAUAAAUGUUUAGCGUUUUGGCAGGAUGUGUUUGAUUGUGCUGUAAAUUUGCCUUAAAAUAUAUGGAAAUAAAGCAGAAUCAAGCAUUA